AUGUCUGAUUCGGAAGAAGAAGCCAAUGAAAAGCAAAUAAAAAUUGUUAUACUCGGUGAUGGUAGUUCAGGCAAAACGUCGAUUUCUGAAAGAUUCUCAAAGGAUUCAUUCCAUCGUGACUAUAACCAAACACUGGGAAUUGAUUAUUAUUUAAAAAGAAUUAAUUUAACACGCUCCUAUAAUGUGACAUUGGCCGUCAAUGAUGUGGGUGGUCAAACCUUGGGUGGUGCUAUGUUGGAUAAAUAUAUCUAUGGAGCCGAUAUUGUUUUACUUGUUUACGAUAUAACAAAUUUGCAAAGUUUUGAAAAUCUCGAAGAUUGGUAUUCUACUGUAUUGAAAUAUUGUGCUGGCCGAAAACCAUUAUUUGUACUUGUUGGGAACAAAAAUGAUCUUCAACAUUUACGUGCUGUUAAAGCUGAAAAACAUCAUGAAUUUGCCAAAGAUCGAGACAUGUUAGCAUAUUUUGCUUCGGCUAAAACUGGAGAAUCGAUUGAAACUAUAUUUCGUCAAGCUGCAGCUCAUUUAAUGCAUAUUGUGCUACCGAAAACUGAUACUGAUGCAACGCCGAUUAUAACAGCAACAAUUGUUCGACAAGAACCACAAAGUGCCAUGUUUGAUAAACCCUUGGCAACGCCAAAUCGCACGCGAACAUCUAUUUGUAGUUUACAAUAA